CGUUGGAUAUGCCUUUGCAUGAACCUUCAUGCAAUUAAAUUCGAUGCAUGCAUUCUGCUGCGAUUCCAACGACUGGCCGCUCGUGGCAUCGCUCUUGCGUCUGUUUUACGAGUCUUGGCGGAACAGCCUAGCGUGGGCGCACAGCACUGUGCUGCAUGCAGGGGGAUGAAGCAUAUCAUCUAUCGGAAUUAACAGUGCUACUGCCGGAUUCACAUAAAUGGAAUGUAACCAGAUUUGUAACAACAUUAUUUUACGCAUGCAUUAUAAGUAUAUUGGUGGCAAUUUCAAAAGGACAAUCUGAUUGGUGGAGACGUUAAGAUGGGGAAAGUCCUUAGCUGUUCAUUAUGGGAUUUUGGGGGAUCCACUGGCCGACAGGAGAUGCCUUCUCUCUGAGUGGAUACAGGCAGUAGGGUGGUGACCGCAGCACCUCUCCUGUUUGUCCUUGUGUGCUGUGACAGUUUUUAGGAUGCGUUCCUUAAGGAAGACAGUGUUGUUGGCCAUCGUGGCGUCUGUGGUGUUGGUGAUGGCCCUCCUCCAUUCUUGGCCCACCCGGGCUUACACCACCGUGGAUGUCUGGCAGAGACCAGGGCCUGCAGUAGAGAGGCACUUGGAGGAGAGGUUCCCAGAACCAGACCACAGAUCUGCCAACAUCCCCUAUCGCGUGAAGGAGAGUGUUGCAGGUCUGUUGGCACAUAACGGGUGUGUGUGUGAAGGUGAGAGUGGGGGCAUGAACCUGCCCUUUGCCCAGCUGCUGUUCCCACGGGUGUCGGCCCACCCCAUGCACACUGCAUUUGAGGCUUCUGAGCUGGAAGAGAUGAAGAAACGAAGGGCCAAGGAGUACCAGGGCUUCCAGAUGAGGUCUCAGACUCCUGCAGAUAUGCUCAUCGUGGCUGAGGCCAACAAUCCUCUGCAGUACCCAACACAGGGAAUGGAAGUACGGCCACUCAAAACCAUCCUCAUCCCAGGACUUGCAGUACAAGACCAUCCCAGAGAGCUGUACACAGUCAACUUCACCUCCACCCUGGGAACGUUAAACGUGGCAGCAGAGGUUGAGGGGGUAAAGGUCAAAGGUGACGGGGAGAUGCACAUGACCCUGACCAGCAGCCUGCUGUCCAAUUUGAACCGGCAGCUACAGUUUGUCACCUAUACCAACACACUGUUCCACCCUAGUACAGCAGACACAGGUGAGGCCAGACACACCUGUCCUUCUGCUGUGUACUACUUAUUUCUGUGUUGUGUCCAUUAUCAAAGUCCUAUGCCAAAUAACAUCUGUCAAAUAUUAGUGGUAAUGAGGUUGGAAAUACUCUUGCUGUGUCUUUCAGUGCAGUUUGAGACAGAGGGUCACCAAGCCAUGUUUACUAUCAAGGUCCGUCAUGGUGUAACUCCAAAACUCUACAACACAGGACCCAAAGGGGAAUACAACAUCAGUGCCCUUGUUACCAUAGCAACCAAAACCUUCCUGCGCUAUGACAAGCUCCAAGAUCUCAUCGACAGUGUGCGAAAAUACUAUUCCACUGUCACCAUAGUAAUAGCUGAUGACAGUGAAAACCCAAAGAUGGUCUCUGGCCCCUACAUCGAACAUUACAUCAUGCCAUUUGGAAAGGGCUGGUUUGCAGGACGGAACCUAGCUGUUUCCCAGGUGACUACCAAGUAUGUGCUGUGGGUGGACGAUGACUUCAUCUUCACGGCCAACACCAAGCUGGAGAAACUGGUGGACGUCCUGGAGAGGACUACCCUGGACCUGACUGGGACUCCUACUCUUGAGAGGGGAGUCUAUGGGUUACACAUGUCAGCAGCUGGUCUGCUGGACACUUUGAAUCCCUUCUUUCUUCGGACCCCAAAAGCACAGACAGACAAACAUGGACCGGAGAUACUUCUCUGUUUUCUGGUGGGUGGUGCAGUGCGGGAGGCCACUGGCUAUACUGCUACCUACAGGCAGACCAUGUCCAUUGAGCCAGGGGAGGAGGAGGGUGACUGCUUGCAUAUGCGGAGGGGCUUCCACCACAUCAUCCAGGGCUUUCCAAACUGCGUAGUCACGGACGGGGUCAUCAACUUCUUCCUGGCCCGCACAGACAAAGUCCAGCAAGUGGGCUUUGACCCUCGUCUGGCCAGAGUGGCCCACCUGGAGUUUUUCAUCGAUGGCCUCGGCUCACUUCAUGUGGGAUCCUGUGAUGAUGUCAUCGUCAACCACGCCACCAAGAUCAAGCUUCCCUGGGUCAGCCAAUCAGAGAGUGACAAGACGUAUGCCAAGUUCCGCUACCCACCAGCCUCUUCGGAUGCCACACACACCAAAAACGGCCUCCUCUAUUUCAAGAACCGCUUCCAGUGUUUGACUCACAAUUAAAUGACCUGUUUUUUUAACCUGUCGUUUCUCCUCUCGUUCAAGAUUCAUGCUCUUUCUGAGUUGCCAAAGAAGCUCUCGCCCGAUGUGUCCAAUCGGAUAAGAUUUUAAACAACCACAUUACACACAUCCCCUUGAAUAUCGACCUUGCAUGUUUCACUCUAGAGGGAUUGCCAUUCAAACAGAGCAAAGCUGUCAUUUCUCUUAACUUAAUCAUAAUUUCUCUUCAGUUGUGUACUCUUGAUUGUAAACUCAAGGUUGAGAUCAUAUUAAGGGAUAUAUGUGCGUUUUGUGCCUCAAAUCUUAUCUGACGAGUCGCCACCGAGUCCUUUUGUUGAGGAAAGAGAACAAAGACAUGCUGAAUUAGCCUUAUGCCCUCACAGGACUAAAUGAGGUGAACGAGUUUCCAUACUGUUAUGAAGAGAUCAGAGGUAUGUGUACUCUGUCCUUCCCUUUGCACUAUACAGUUUGAGCUGGACUGAGCUCUAAGGGUCAGACAAAUGAGGAUUGUGGGGACCAAGGGGGACUGAGGAUGGGGAUUGACAGUCAUUCAGUAGAGAGGACACGUCUCAGCAUGUGACAACCCCUUCAGAGACACAACGCAUGGGUGCUCCCUUUCCAACCCCAGACAAUGAACGCAUUCAAGACUCUAAAUAUGUGGCUAAUUCUCCCUGGUUGUCUGUGCCAAUGGUUUCCUAGGUGGUUUGGUGUUGAAUGAUAUAUUUUGUUUGAAACCUCUGUGUCGCCCUUGACUGGCCCAUGCUUGAGGAGAAUGAUGCUCAUCCAUCUGGUCUGGGAUCUAACCCAGGAAUAAUAUCCCUGUUUCACCUGGUCUAAUGCAUUCUGUCUAUCUAGGGUCGAUUCCACUCUGUUUUAUACUCCAAGCAUCAUAAUAAGGAAUGCUUCUAUCCAUGCACGCAUUUGAAUGGGAGGGGAGAUUAAUUGCAUUUUCAUAUGCUACCUCGAACAGAAGGGUUAGUUUAACCAAAGUGCAUGUCUCUCUAUUUCUUUAUCAAUUCUACAUGGAAAUAAACACACACUAAUAGAAUAAUGGCAAUAAUGGCACAGUUUGAGUUUAGAGAGUUGAAACGCUGUAAGAAUGAGUAGAACACCAAAGGAAAUGGUUGGAGAGACACAAUGUUAGGAUAACACAUCACAGAGAGAUGAUAUGAAUGAUAAAGUAAGGGUCACAGUCACACCGAAGUACCAAGGCAGAAAAACAUUUUAUACUUACAGUUCCUCUACCAUACAACCUGACAGCAGGAUCACAUAAUGUUAUUGUGUGUCAAGACCACUAGAUGGCACCCUUGCAUCAGAAUAGUGUUUUCUAAAAUCAAACAACAAAUAGUUUUUGUUAUAAAUAGUUAUCAAAUACCCCAAGGUGCCAGUGAUACAUUAGAUAGCUUUUUAUUUGAUCCUUUUUGAAUAGAGGAAUAUUUUAAAACAGAUACAAUUUUGGGUGAUGCCAGAUUUAGAUUUGUCUUUCCUGAAAGGGGAUAUUUAACACUAAGUGAGAUCUCAGUUCAAUUGAACCUUAAUUGCAGUAGCUCUUCCAUCGGAAUCUAUGACUAAUACCAGCUAGACUCCCCAAGCAGAUGCUUCCCGUUUUCAGAAUGAGAAGUGUUCUGCAUGUGAGUAGGGGCAGUAGUUUGUCAACAAAGACACUGCUUAAUGAUAGGUUUGAUUGAAUUCCAUUCUCUGAAGGGAUUAGUUGAAGGGAUUUGGACAGUGAUUUCCAUUGUUCAACUGAUGUUGAUGUCACCUUAGAACCACAGGUCUGAGUCUUUCCAACCUGACGACUAUCAUCACAACAACCUUCUGCAUUAUCAGACUGUUUUCGUUUAAACAUGAUUAUAAAGUCUCUGAUAAAAAAAUACAGCUGGUGUAUGGUACUGUGAUUUCUUAGGCAACAUUUAAGAGGGUGUUCUGGUGCAGUGGUUCCCACUUAUGGGUCACUGCAUGAGUCCAGGUGGGUUGCAGGAUGCAAUUUUUUUGUGCAUUGUUACAAAUUAUUACUAUACAGUAAAUUUCUUAAAAUUGGUCACAUCCCACUGCACACACACUGGUUGAAUCAACGUUGUUUCCACGCCAUUUCAAUAAAAUUACAUUGAACCAAAGUGGAAUGAAUGUUGAAUUGACAUCUGUGCCCACUUAAAGGCUUUGGAAAAUAGUUUUUUUAUGAAUACAUUUUGUACUCUUCUUUGAAGUGGGUAUGUUUUUUCAUCGCUCAGACCUUAUGGUGGGUCGCAACUUUUUUUGCCGUUACUACUAUUAGCCCAAAGAAACGCAUUUAAUAACAGAUUCAGUACAUGGAACAACAGAUAGUCCCCCCAAAAAGUGUCUGUCCUAUAUCUGAGUGUCACGCCCUGACCUGAGUAUUCUUUGUUUUCUUUAUUGUUUUGGUUAGGUCAGGGUGUGACAUGGGUGAUGUAUGUGUUUUUGUACUGUCUAGGGGUUUUGCAGGUUUAUGGGGGUGUUUAUAUAUGUCUAUGGUUGCCUAGAUUGGUUCUCAAUUAGAGGCAGGUGUUUAUCGUUGUCUCUGAUUUGGAACCAUAUUUAAGCAGCCAUCUUCUUUGGGUAUUUCGUGGGCUAUUGUCUAUGUGUAGUUGCCUGUGUCUGCACUCGUUGUCAUAGUGUCACGUUAGUUUUGUUGUUUAUGUUUAAGUGUUCUUCGUGUUCUUCAUUCAUUAAAAGAAGAUGUAUUCA